CUGCAACACCUCUGGCUACUCGAGUGAACCUUGUUUUCUGGAAGCGAUACCGACGGAGUUGAUGAAUGCCAUUGUCUGUGUUGAUGUCCUCGCCGUAGCACAUGUAAAAAUAGUUCCUCUUAACAUUUAUCGAAUUUCUGAGGAACUCCUUGGAAGGUAACCAACAUAAACUAUUCUUAACAACUUGAAGCACGUCUUUGUACCCAGUGGCACAGUGGACACUUGGACAAGGUAUCCAUUUCCUUGUCCGGCGUUUUGGCAAGCCAAGAGUAGGCUAUGGCAUCCUCAUGGGUAAACUGGAUUUGCUUACUCUGGAGACGGACUUUAGUUCCCUCUCUCCUCGUGCUUUGGGUCACCUGUCUCGGGACACACGGAGGAGAGGAUGACGCUUUUAAUGCAGAGUCAUGGCUGCGGAUGUAUGGCUACCUACCUCAGGCCAGCAGACAGAUGUCCACCAUGCGGUCAGCUCACAUCCUUUCCAACGCCGUCAGCGACAUGCAGCGUUUCUACGGCCUGGCGGUCACCGGGGCCAUGGACCACGGCACGGUGACAGCCAUGCGGAGGCCGCGCUGUGGAGUCCCAGACAAGUUUGGGGGUCAGAUCAAGACCAACGUUCGGCGCAAACGUUAUGCACUCACUGGCCACAAAUGGAACAAGAGCCACCUCACCUACAGUAUACAGAACUACACACCAAAGAUCGGGGAGUACAACUCGUAUGAGGCCAUCCGUAGGGCCUUCAAGGUGUGGCAGAAGGUGACCCCGCUGACCUUCGAUGAGAUCCCCUACCAGGAGAUCAAAUAUGGCCGCAGGAAGGAGCCUGACAUCAUGAUCUUCUUUGCCUCGGGUUUCCAUGGAGACAGCUCACCCUUCGAUGGCGAGGGCGGGUUCCUGGCCCACGCCUACUUCCCUGGUCCUGGUAUGGGUGGUGAUACUCACUUUGACUCUGAUGAGCCGUGGACCAUCGGCAAUGGGAACUUGCAAGGUAAUGAUUUGUUCCUUGUUGCGGUACAUGAGCUGGGCCAUGCCCUGGGCCUGGAACACUCCAACAACCCAAUGGCCAUCAUGGCUCCUUUCUACCAGUGGAUGGAAACGGACGACUUUCAACUGCCCGAGGAUGACCUCAGAGGAAUACAACAGAUCUAUGGUCAGCCAGACGGUACACCCACCCAGGCUCUUCCCACUGUCACUCCUCGCCGGCCAGCCCAGCCAGACCCCAAACCCCCCAACUCUCCCCCCAAGUCACCCCCCAACUCUCCUCCCAACCCUCCCCCUAGAUCUCCCCCUAACGCCCCACCCCGGAGGCCAGACAAGCCCCGCACGACUGACCGCCCAGACCACUACGGCCCAAACAUCUGUGAAGGAAACUUCGACACGGUCACCAUGCUCAGGGGAGAGAUGUUUGUGUUCAAGGGUCGCUGGUUCUGGAGGGUGCGGAGGAACAGGGUCCUGGACAACUACCCAAUGCCCAUUGGUCACUUCUGGAGGGGACUGCCUGGGGACAUCGAUGCAGCCUACGAGAGACACGAUGGGAAAUUUGUCUUCUUUAAAGAGAAUAAGUACUGGUUGUUCAGGGAGGCAAACCUGGAGCCUGGUUACCCCCAGGAGCUGACAGACUACGGCAGGGACAUCCCCUAUGACAAGAUAGAGACAGCCAUCUGGUGGGAACCAUCAGGCUUCACAUACUUCUUCAAAGGAGACUGGUACUGGCGCUUUAACGAACAGUCCCGUGCGGUAGACAAGGACUACCCCAAGCCAAUCAGUGUGUGGGGCUCUGCGGUCCCGUCCUCUCCCAAGGGGGCUUUCCUCAGCGAUGAUGGAGCUUAUACAUAUUUCUACAAGGGAUCCAAAUACUGGAAGUUUGACAACCACAGGAUGAAGAGUGAGCCGGGCUACCCUAAAUCCAUCCUGAGGGACUUCAUGGGCUGCAGUGUGGACCUGGACCCAGACAGAGACAGGGAUACCGACGCAGGCCGCAAGGUCCCCGAAGUGGAUCGCCCGCCCUUCAACCCUGACGCAGGCCGGGACAAGGAGAAGGACAAGGAGCGGGACAAGGAUCAGGACCGUACCAAUGAUGUAGACUAUAAGGACGAGAGAGAAGAGGAGACCAACGAGGUGGACGUGGUGCUGAAGAUCGACGAGAGUGAGACGCGCACUAUGAACAUCAUCAUGGUGACAGUACCCCUGGUCCUGGUGCUGUGCAUCCUGGGACUGAUCUACGCCAUCAUCAACACACUGAAGAGGAAAGGAACUCCCAAACUUCUGGUCCACUGCAAACGCUCCAUGCAGGACUGGGUGUGACCUCUGACCCACUUAAUGACCCCCCCCCCCCCCCCCCACAACCUGAACCCUACCCUCAUACCUCUAUCUCUAUCUUCUCAUCCAAAACAUGGUAGUAGAGACUUACGUGCAAAUACAUACACACACAUGACGCACGCGCACACACACGCACGCACACACACACACACACACACACACAGCAAACAUAAACACAUACACCUAACUCGUUCCCCUCCCAUGGUGCUCUACCCAAUGAGUUGACUGUAGUCUAUUUAUAUCAGAAAGUUUGCACAUUGUUUUUUGUUUUUGUUUGGUUCAUAUUGUGUGUGUGUGAGUCUUUUUUUCUAAACCAGGAAGUGUCUGCAUUAUUCUCUCUCUCUCUCUGCCCGUUACAGUGGGUUUCUCUGAGAUAACUUCCAUCUGGUUCUUGGAUUAGCCUUUGAAAGGAAAACAGAGACUUAACAGAGCGAUAGAGAGAGAGACUGCAGCACAGAAUGAAGGGAGUGAAGGAGGUUUGAUUCUGUGAAAAGCAGAGAGCCCCCCCCCAUCCCUCUCCCACUCCUCCCUCCCACCUCCUCCUCCCUCAGGACUCCUACAGCUGAAGCAGGCCUACUGCACGUCAGGUAUCAACAGGAGAGAGAUCAGUGUAAAUAGUGUCACUUUUUGAACUGCAACUCACCCAAUGCCUUUUGUCACUACACCUUCCAUGUUGAACAGCCACUAACUGAACUUUUGGUUUUCUCAUCUGUUUUUAAUUCAAGGGCACCAUGGAUGAUAUUGGAAAUCUUGUCCAUACUUUAUAGACAACUUUCACAAACGUUUGGCUCAUUCAACCAAACAUGGUCCCGUGGUGCCUUUUUUUAAUUUCUAACCUUGUUUCGGUCCUAUUAACCGUGGUAAUGAGAGUUUGAGUUGUUAUGAUUAGGGAAGGGUUGGAAAAGAAAGGUGCUUCUUUCCUAUUUUUUUUUUAUUUUUUUAAGACAAAGGCAAUUCACUGUGAAAUGCCUCUGUGUGGGACUUGGAGGAGCAGUUGAGGUGCUGAGGUAGGAGAGAGUAUUGAACGAAUAUCCACUGGGCAUAAACAAAUUGAAUCAAUGUUGUUUUCACAUCAUUUCAAUGUGAGGAUGUUGAAUCAAGGUGGGAAAAUGAUUGGAUUUGCAAAAAGUCACCACGUAAGGGAAACAAAUUUUUCCACCAAACUUUUAACCUAAAUCCAACCCAGCUAGCACAUUUGGUUCCUUGGAGGUUGUGGGAACAGACGUUUUUGGUUAUCCAUUGGUUCUGGGAAAGAAGCCAAACAUUUCCUGAAUAGUAAAACAGAAUGUCUUUUAAACGUUCUGAGAAUGGAAGUGAACAUUUUGCCUGUUCUGGGAACGUUCAUUUGUAGGUUGCAGGGAGGUUGUGAGAACGUUUUACUAUGGUUCCCUGAAAGUUUUCCUGUGAGGUUUUAUUAAUGUUCUAAGGUGGAAAUAGUAGGUUAUUUGAAGGUAAUUAAAUAAAGUUCUGGAAAUAAGACUUUUAAUACUACUGCUAUCUUAGGUUAACUGUUUUGAACUCCAUGUACAGAUAGGACACAUGGAAAUUCACCUUCUUAGGAACUUAUGAUAUUCUACUCUCUCUCCAUGGACUUAUAGGUCCAUUGAUGCUGAGAACGGAAUGUAUGUUUUUAAAUAACAUUCUUAGAACGUUCUUUGAACGUUACUAAUGUUUUAUUGUGGGAUUUUAUGGAACCUUUUAUUAAUGUUUCUGAGAAGAUUACUUUAAAUAGAAAUUUGAGGAAACCUGCAGAAAACUUUAUGCUGAAGUACUGAAAUUCCCACGGAAGAACGUUGUUUCUUAACGUUCUCUGGACGUUCUGAGAACAUAGCUUUCAAUAGAACCAUGAGAAAACCUGUCGAAAAAGUUAUUCUGAAGUACCGAAAUUCCCACAGAAGAACUUUGUUUCUUAACGUUCUCUGAACAAUUGGAGAACAUUACUUUAAAUAGAACCAUGAUGAAACCUAUAGGAAACAGUACUGACAUUCCAACCUAAGAAAUAUAAGGUUCUCAGAACUUUAUGAGCUAGCUGGGUACCCUGCACCAUUCCCAGAACAUUUUGGGAAGGUUUUAUGCAAAAUAACCAGAGGACAACCACGCUCUCACCAAGCUCAAAGAAAUGUGAUUCUCAGAACAUUAUGUGCUAGCUGGGAAUGACAUGCUGAAAUGUUUUGUUGAUUUCAUGUUGAAUUGAAGUUAGUUGACAACUCAACCAAAAUAUAAAUCAAACUAGAGUUUGAAAUAACGUCUGUGCCCAGUAGGUAAGAGAUUGACUGACACUUUUCAUCUGAGAAAUACUUGGAACCAGCGAUACUUCAGCCUCCUGAAAUGUUUUAAUAAAUAUAAUUCAAGUAAUGCACCACACAAUGAGCCCUCUCUCUGUAAUACCCUACUCCCCUAGAUUUAAAUAGAUUGGAGGGCUUUCUCUCUCUCUCUCUAUCUCUCUCUCUCUCUCUCUCUCUCUCUCUCGCUCUGAGCUUGGUCUAGAGAAGUAUUCCUCUGAACAUAAUCAGAAAAUGUCAGCACAUCCUCUCAUUUAAAAUAGCAGGUGUUUUAAAAUAUUGUUAACCUCCAGCCUAUAAUCUUAGUCCUUCUCUGGACCAAACCAGGCUUCUUUUCAUUUUCUGAGAGGUCCAAACGGAGAGACAGACUUUACCAGAGGGAGAAGGGGAACGAGAGAGGGCGUGAGAGGCUAGAAAUCUACAUAGGGAGUUCAAAGACAGAAACCUUAUCUGUUAAGUGUUUGGGAAGUCUUACAGUCUGUUCCUGGAUUGUUUUACCCAGAUGUUGGUGAUUGUUGGAGGGGGUUGGGGAGGCUGCAAGGCAGGCUGAGUGAGAGACCAGAGGUCCAUUCCUACAGCUGAGUAAGGCAGUAGGGGGAGUGAGGGAGAGGAGCUCACUGCGGGGCUCUUCCUGUAAGGAUUAUUAUUGGCACUGUAUCCCGUGACCCACAUUCACUAGCUCCAGAGAAGGAACUGUGGAGUCUAUUCUCUGAUACCAAAGGGAAAUAGUAGCACGCAGUGUAUGUAAACUUCUUUAUUUCUCACAUUGUUAUGUAUUCCCUAUGCUCUUGUCUUCGACCACAAAGGCGCAUGUACAGUAUGCAUACGUCUGGUAGAUUUACUAGCAGCCCAAAAGAUACUGAGAAAGGAUUUGCUGUGAGGUAGAGAUAAGUCAUUUCCCUACACUCAGAUACCUGGCAGCUUUCACUGUUUACCAUCCGUCAAACAGUAGUUGUGAUGAACAUGUUUGUCUGGGGCAUCGACGGGGGUGGGGUAGGUGCACUGAGGAUGCGUGAGAUGCUUCAAUAAUACCACUGAGAUGGGGGAAGGCCAGUUAAAAGGGCUAUUAUAAAUAUUAUUGACAGCGGAGAGGAAUCACUGUCAUGAGAGGUCCUGCGUGUGUCAGUGAUGGAUCCCCGCUCGAUGGGGUUGCUAGGAGACCGCCUCUGCCCAUUGCCCUCUCAUUGUGCUGCGAGGUUGAGAGGGGACUUAAUCAGAGGUAAAAGCCUUCCCUCUCUCUUCUCCCCCCUGACUACCCCACCCGUCCCCAUCCACCCACCCAUCCUGUCCAAAUCAAUGGAAAAAUCACCAUCAGCAGGCCUAGAAGGUAUCUGGACAAACUCAAAAAAUGCUCACUCAUUGUCUGAGACCCAGUCCAUGCCUUACUUGCUCUCUCUUUAUCUGGGAUAGCUAGUGUCUUUGUGCCUGUAUGGAGUAGACUAUCACUGCGAGUCCCAGACCUUUGUGGCUGUUUGUGUUCCUAGUAUGUCUGUCUCUUAGUGUGGAUUUAGUUUCCAACUGUUUCUCGGUGUGUCUGAGACGUCUCCCCAAUAAGACACUGUAGUCCCCAACGAUGCCUGCCGUAGAACUAGCUCAAGCAGAUGCAACGGAAAUGUGGGAAAUUUCACAAAGAAACUGCCUGCUUGAAGGCAACUAGAGCCUUUAUAAGAGCACUCUGGGAUUGAGUCCAAGACUGCUUUGUUUUUUUCCUUUUUUCUUUUGUUUUCCAUGAGAAUUGUUUGGAACACUACAGCAAUGAAAAAUACAGUUAAGAAAAAUACAGCAAUGAAAAAUACAGCAAUGAAAAAUACAGUUAUGAAAUAUUAUGUCAGGGAUUGAUUGAGGUAUCAACACCCUCUGUGUAUGUGUUUGGUGUGAGUUUUUUUCGAGUGCUAUUACUCUGUAGUCGCCUCUAGUACCUUUACUCUAGCCUUACAGUAUCACUACUUGCUCUCUCUCUCUCUGUUCAACACCACUCUACUCUUCUGCGCUCGUCUGGUCUUCUCUGCAGCCCGUCUAGGCCCUGCCUUGGCCCCAGGGGGACUGUAACAAUGGUCUCUCUCACAAAGUGCAGCAUUGUCCUCCAUGCUGUCAUUGCUGCGGCCCAGCAGGAAGGCAGGCUGAGCCCUAGGCCAGGAUCCGGAUGCUUCCUUCCUCCCACAAUCCCACUCUGUCCCUCCCCGCAGCUCUGUCAUGGCCAGGGAGGGAGCAGAGCAGCCAAGGCGGUCUGAUGUUUUGUAUCCAAGAUAGAGAGGAACCCAGCAGACUAUGUUGGUUCUAUAUAUUCCGUUAGUUGUUGUUUGUGGCCAGUGCAUUUCACAGGCAUCCUGUACAGUUGCUUCAUAUUGUGUCUAACGGUUAACCACUAGCUUGACAAAAUGGUUUUGUUAUUCAUUGCAAUGGUUACUCGCAUCAAUGCCUCUGUCUCGUCAUUUAGCAUUCAAACAUCAACAACCACACAGGAUGCCAGACUGCUCUUUGUGGAGAAAAAGAGAGAUCUGUUAGAAAGAUGACACGAUGUCAAGAGAAAGGGGUUCAUUUUGAUCCCUGCGUUCGAUGUCUCAAUCCUCUGUUUGAUGUCUGUCAAGAUCCAGAGGUUGGCGGGGGAAAUGAUCAUUGCACUUCAGUUGAGUCGUCGAAGUCUCGACUCCAGACACACACUCAGUGGGUGUGCAUCCCUAUCCCAGAGUGCAUCUCACCUUACUCACUCAGCUGAGCUUGAACAACUGAAACCACACGCUAUUAACUCUCAACUGACUUACGGUAGACUGCUCCUCCCAGGUCCUUGGAAAACCAGGCAACUAAAAGCCUACUAGGCGCAGCGUUACAUCUCACAAAUGUUUUAAAAACGUUACAGCAAUGUUGCGUGAAAGUUACUACCCGGGUAAUGCUUCAGUGAGUAGUUUUUUUUUUUUUUUUAAACCUCACCACGCCUAUUAACAUUGAUGGGAUGAAAAUAAAAAAGUUAAUUCGUCUGUGUGAUUAUCAUGAUUAUUUUGAAUAUUCAUUCAGUUUGUUUAAUUAUGUGCCGUUUUUUUUCUCCGAAUUCUUCUUUCAACUUCGUAGGAUUUCUUUUUUUGUACUUUGAAUAACAUUCCGUGUGUGUUUUUAUUUUGUUUUGCUGUAGAACGUGAAGGUUUUAUACAUUUGCGGUGUGUGUUCACCUCCUGUUGAGUGUGUUAACGAUCCAUGCUGGACAUGUACACAAUAAAACGCUCUGAAAAACAAAGAA